AUGCGAAAAUCAAUAAAUUUUGACAUCACUCACGCGAAUGAUCUUAUUGAAAACAAUUUAACAUUUACGACGUCAUCUCCAAACACAACUGUUGAUUCCUCUGUAUUAUCUUCUAUCAAUUUAUCUUAUUCAUUUCAAUUUUGGUUUUAUUUAUGUUUUGAAAUACCUUCUAUCAUUGGUUAUUUAUUUGUUUUUGCGUAUCUUUUCACACAAAAAGAUAAACGUCAAGCAUUUCAUCAUCAAUCUACGAAUAUUGUUCUCAUCUUUGCAUUCAUAAUGGUUACACUCGAUUUCUCUUUGUAUAUCGAUAGUUUCAAUCAUAAUGGAAAAGUUCGAUUUCAGUCGUUUAUCUUUUGUUCCAUCUGGAAUUUCAUUGACUACAGUUUGUUUAAUUCAUCUGGUGUUAUCAUAGCAUGGGCUUCAUUCGAACGUCAUAUUUUCAUAUUUCAUUCACAUUUAUUUUCUACAAAAAGUAAACGAUUCUUUUUUCAUUAUCUUCCUUUAACAUUCAUUCUUUUAUAUUCAAUUAUUUUCUAUAUAUAUGCAAUCUACUUUCCACCAUGUGAAACUGAAUAUGAUUUCACUCUGCCUGCUUGUGGAGGUGAACCAUGUUAUUUAGCAGUUUUAUCGUUAGGAACAUGGGAUUCAAUCAUGCAUGGAAUCACACCAGUGUUUCUUAUUGUAUUAUUUAAUAUAGCUUUACUUGUCCGUGUCAUAUGUCAAAGACGUAAUCUUCAUCGUCGACAAAAUUGGAAAAAAUAUCAAAAGAUGACUUUUGAACUAUUCUCAAUUGUUAUACUUCAUUUAACUUUUAAUUUACCAUUUAUGAUCAUUGUAUUUGUCAAUUUACUUGGCUAUCCUCAUUGGGGGAGCGAAGUACAGCAAUAUAUAUUUUUUCUCAGUGUUCUAAUUCCAUAUCUUUUACCUUUUGUCUAUGGAGCACACAUGUCUCAAAAAUGGCUCAAAAUAAAAACAUUCUUUUAUCGACGUGGUAUACGUAUUUAUCCAGCUAUAGCAGUGACAACGAGUACUGUACGACCACGUAAAGCUGGGAUGUGA